AUGAAACAGUCCUACACGCUGCAGGUGCUGGCAGGGUUCCUCGCCCUGCUAGCUGCAAGCUUACAAGGCUGUGGCUGCGACACAACGAAGGCUGCGGAAUGCAUCUCUACCUGGGAGCAGUUCGCCGCAGACAAUCGAAAUGACAUCUGGGACGGGGCGGUGACGCGACCUUGUGCAGCAUUGAAGGACAUGGUCAAUUGCAUCAUGGACCUCAACUGCUGCGAAGAUUAUGAGAUCAGCCAAAGCAUGAACAACGGCAUCGGCCUCAUCUCGAACAACGGCGGGUGCACAGGCGACAACGCGUUGCCAAACUGUAACUUCUGA